AUGGGACGCACCAAGGCCAACACCAGGGGUGGCCUCGCGGGGCACAUCAACAGUGAGCAUAGUAGGACUGAGGACGGAAAGAACCUAAAUUCUGGGCCAAAGAGAAGGAAGGGCGGAAACCCCAAUUCUUCAGAUAUCCGACCAUCCAAGAGGAAUAAGACAAACAGGACCUCCAGCAACGAAAGCCCAUCGCCAGAAGAGAUUCAUGAGACUGCCUCCGAAAAUGAAUCUUCAAUAAAGCCCCCAGCGGCUGCAUCGGCCAACGUUCCUCCACCUUAUGGCAAUCUCACAACCACUCAUGAUGUCUUACCGAUGCAUAUCAUUUCAUCCUCCCAAAUCGAAAAGAAGGUCACCUCGGCCCUCAAACAGCUGGCAAAUUUUCCAGCCGUGCCUCCCGCAAAACCAGCUGUUAUAAUGCUUCAUUCCAAGGCUAAGACCGCCUCCAAGAUGAUCAGCAUAGUCGAGAUUGCCAAAAGAGAGAUUGCUUCAAAUGGCGGGAAGUGGUUCCAGUACAACUCCGUUGAUCAAACCAUUGAGCCGAAGAAAGUACAGAAACCAGAGAGUAAAUCUGGCAUUGACAAAUCUGGCGAAGUGAAGGGACCAUCAGAGGUUGAUGCAUCGGGAGAUCCUGAGAGUGACCAGGAUGAGGAGGCUUUUGAAACCAUGAAGACGCCUUUUGAGAGGGCAAUCGAAGAUAUACCAAAGAUCAGGGCAGUUCCUACAAUGACUACGUACCUUUCGAGAGUUAGGAUUGAAAGUCUUAGGAAGAAAUAUGGGUAUGUUGGACAGCCUGAGCUCAAUAUUAUUAUGAAGGAGAAGGACCUUGACUAA